AUAAAUGUUUAUAAUCUUUCAACCGUCCAUAAAAAAAAAUCCAUAAACACUCGAAUGCUGCACUUUUCAAGCUUUUUCGUUUCAAUAAACGAAAAUUUAAGGUUAUGUCAACAAAUUCCUUUCACCACUGCAAAAAAAAAACCAGUCGUGACGGAUGGAGAUUCAAGUUUUUAAAAAAUAAAAAACAAACAAACACUUAAAAAUGGAUUAAUGACACUGAAGAAUGAAAAAAGAAUCGAACCAAAAAUAACCAACAAACAAAAUGCAUUCGGACCUUUGAACAAUGAUGAAAAAAUCUAGCCGGCUGAUGACGACGAUCGGCUGGAGGCGCCUACACGCAAGCCAAUAUUCACUCGAGAGGGGACUCUGACUGUUCAUACUGAUCCUGUAUACACGUUAGUAUAUAACGUUAUAGACCUUUAACAACGCCGCGUUCAUGUUAUAUAUAUAGAAUCUUUUGGAUUAGCUCGAAGCCACGAGUAAGUCGCUUCCAUCGCUCAUAAGCGUGUGCAUCAUUCCUGACAAAAAGCGGAAAAGGAAAGAAAGAAAAAAAUGUAAAAAAAAGAAAAAAUUUCUUUCUUUCAUGAAAAACAAUAAAUAUAAUUAAAAUAUUAUAAAAGAAACAUUGUGAGUAAGUUGUGCGACAAUUGUGUUGUUGUCUUCUGUGUGCGUGCCUUAUCAGUAGCAUAACCGGUGCCGGUAAAAAUAAAAACAGUGUGUGUGACAAUUUGAGAAAUUUUCUCACAAAAUAUGGAAUAAGAGAGAAUAUCAACCAGUUUCGUGUGAACAUAUUUAAUAUCAAAGAAAAAGAACAAUAAUAAUUAUCAAAAAAUAUCAGAAUGUUGAAAAUAAUCUUUGAGGCAGGACGAGAACAACGACGACGACGAUAUUUCUGAUAAAAAAGCCGAGCGCGAAUGGAGAAGGUGUUUGUGAAUCGGUGCAGGCGAAAGUGUGGGCGUGUAAAAACAUUUAAAAAACGCGUCGUGCGUUGGAAAGUUGACAGUCUGUGAAAAACGAUAACAAGAAAGUGCUUCUGUUUUGAAAUUUUUUUCUCAUACAAAAUAAGAAUAUAAUAAAAAAAAGAAAGAGAAAAGACAAUAAUAAUUGAAUACUGUGAAAAAAAAAGAAAUUUCUAACUGAAGAAAAUUAUUUAUAUUCUUUUCUCCUCUAUUUGCAUAUAUUGAUGACUGUAAAAAUAAAGUGAAUAAUAAAAAAAGAAUUUUUCCCCCAAAAAUUUCCAAUAAUUGAUAUAAUAUUUAGUGUAUAUGUAUAUAUAAUAUAGACAAAGUUCAAGAUGCCAGAAAGAUUUAAAGUGACACCGACAGCGAGCGCUAUUAACUUGCCACAAUAUCAACGUUAUGCUGCUCAGCCGUUAUCGCACGACUUUGGCGAUGGCCGAGGAGCAGGCGGAGAUGGCGAACAAAUUGGUCUCAAUUCGGAGGAAAAAUCCGGAUAUGAGACAAAUUUAUAUUUGUAUAAUGAUGAAAUGGAGGAUCGGCCUCGGGUUGCCGAGUUCCUUCACAGUUUGGCGGACUACAGUAACACAAUACCGGUGCCAACGGAUCCUGACAGUAAGCCUGCUGCCGGUAAACCUGGAGGGGCCCGAAUGGGCACCCUGAUCGGCGUCUUUUUACCCUGCAUUCAAAAUAUCUUUGGCGUCAUUCUCUUCAUUCGUCUCACAUGGGUAGUGGGGACAGCAGGUGCAAUACAAGGAUUUUUAAUUGUCCUCUGCUGCUGCUGUGUAACAAUGCUGACAGCCAUAAGUAUGAGCGCAAUUGCUACGAACGGUGUGGUACCUGGAGGAGGUUCUUAUUUCAUGAUCUCCAGAAGUUUAGGACCCGAAUUCGGCGGUGCUGUGGGAAUGCUCUUCUACACAGGCACCACACUAGCAGCAGCCAUGUACAUCAUUGGUGCCGUCGAAAUCGUUCUGACAUACAUGGCACCAAGUUUGAGUAUAUUUGGUGACUUUACUCAAGAUCCAAACAUAAUGUACAAUAACUUUCGUGUCUAUGGAACGGGUCUUCUGAUGGUCAUGGGUACAAUUGUCUUCAUCGGCGUCAAGUUCGUCAACAAGUUUGCCACAGUCGCACUUGCUUGUGUCAUCUUUUCCAUUAUUGCCGUCUACGUUGGACUCUUUGUUAACUUCAAUGGAAAUGAUUUACUAAAGAUGUGCACCCUUGGCAACAGAUUGCUAAAGAAUGUCACCGUUGACAAUUGCAACAAGGAUUGGCUCCGCAAUGUUUAUUGCAAUAAUUCCAGAGACUGCGACACCUACUUUAACGAAAAUGAUGUAACUAUUGUUAAUGGAAUUAAAGGACUCGCCAGCGGUGUAUUCUUAGAAAACAUUUGGGGAAGUUUUCAAGACGAAGGACAAUUUAUUGCGAGAUAUAAUCAACCGAAAGAUAUCGACAAGCUGACACCGCAGAGUUAUAAUCAGAUUCAAGUCGAUCUCACCACGACCUUUACGAUUUUGAUCGGAAUCUUCUUUCCAUCGGUUACUGGAAUUAUGGCGGGAUCGAACAGAUCCGGUGACUUGGCGGACGCCCAGAAGUCGAUACCGAUUGGAACGAUUUGCGCCAUAUUGACAACGUCCACCGUCUACUUAUCCUGCGUUCUCCUGUUCGCCGGGACUGUGGACAAUCUCCUGCUCCGGGACAAAUUUGGUCAGAGUAUCGGAGGGAGAUUAGUGGUGGCAAACAUCGCCUGGCCUAACGAGUGGGUCAUCCUAAUAGGCUCCUUCCUCUCCACCCUGGGAGCCGGUCUGCAAUCACUAACCGGAGCACCACGUCUCCUGCAGGCAAUCGCCAAAGACGAGAUCAUCCCCUUCCUGGCACCAUUCGCCAAGAGUUCAAGUCGUGGUGAACCGACUCGUGCCCUAAUCGUGACAAUUCUCAUCUGUCAAUGUGGAAUUCUCCUGGGAAAUGUCGAUCUCCUGGCGCCGUUACUGUCGAUGUUUUUCCUCAUGUGCUACGGUUUUGUAAAUCUCGCCUGCGCCCUGCAGACUCUUCUGAGGACUCCCAACUGGAGACCGAGAUUUAAAUUCUACCAUUGGAGUCUAUCGUUCAUUGGCUUGUCGCUUUGUAUCGCUAUUAUGUUCAUGACCAGCUGGUACUAUGCCCUCCUGGCGAUGGGAAUGGCGGGGCUUAUCUACAAGUACAUUGAGUACAGAGGCGCCGAAAAGGAAUGGGGUGAUGGUAUCCGUGGUCUGGCUCUGUCAGCCGCUAGGUAUUCACUCCUUCGACUUGAGGAGGGUCCACCUCAUACCAAGAAUUGGAGACCACAAAUUCUAAUUCUAAUUAAACUGACAGGAGACCUUGUUCCCAAGUACCGUAAGCUUAUAACUUUCGCCAGUCAACUGAAAGCUGGCAAAGGUUUGACGAUUUGUGUAAGUUGUAUCGAUGGUGAUUACGCGCGUAAUUCUGGCGAAGCACUGGCCGCUAAACAAAGUUUGAGAAGAUCUAUGGAGGAGGAGAAGGUGAAGGGAUUUGUCGACGUUUUAGUGGCGCGAAAUGCAGUCGAUGGUGUUAGUGCCUUGGUGCAAACUACCGGUCUUGGUGGAAUGAAACCCAAUACAGUGAUUCUUGGCUGGCCCUAUGGGUGGAAGCAUUCCGAGGAUGAGAGAACGUGGAGGGUGUUCUUGCAAACGGUACGAAAUGUCACCUCUGCACGUAUGGCUCUAAUGGUGCCGAAGGGAAUUAACUUCUUUCCGGAUUCCACCGAAAAAGUUGUUGGCAACAUCGAUGUUUGGUGGAUUGUUCACGACGGUGGUCUACUGAUGCUGUUGCCAUUCCUCCUAAAGCAGCAUCGCACCUGGAAAAAUUGCAAGUUGAGAAUUUUCACCGUCGCCCAAAUGGAGGAUAAUUCCAUCCACAUGAAGAAGGACCUCAAGAAGUUCCUCUACGAUCUAAGAAUUGAGGCUGAGGUCGAAGUUGUCGAAAUGAUGAAUGCCGAUAUUUCCGAAUACACUUACGAGCGAACACUCCAAAUGGAACAGCGUAAUCAAUUCCUCCGUGAGAUGCACUUGAAGAAAAAGGAAUCACAAGGCUUGGUGGAGACAUUGGAGUUCAACGAGGUACCUGCUGAAGAAAGUUUGCCUGUGGUUCAAGCUAUUGUGGAUCAUCAUCAUAAUGUGGAUGUGAAGACGGCGACAAAGGUACGAUUCCAAGAGCCUGGAGCAAAUCAGGCUAAUGGCGUUGAAGAGGGAGCGGAGAAACUUUUACAGGAGUCGGAAUCGAGUCAGAAGGAAAAUGAUAUUAGUGCUGAGGGUCAGGCGAAGAGUAAUGAAACAACUGAUAAACCAGCAGCAGAUGAGGCGAAGAAUAUUGGUGGUUCGCCUAAACAGGAUAAUAAGGAAAAUGCGGAGAAGGAGGCUAAGAGUAGUCAGGACAAAAAGGCCGAGGAGGCUAAGGAAGCAUCCAAACCCACACCUGAUGAAGGAAAUGUGAAGCGUAUGCACACUGCAGUGAAACUAAACGAGGUCAUCGCGAAAAGAAGUAGCGAUGCGCAGUUGGUGAUUCUCAAUCUCCCAGGACCACCGAAGGACACGAAACUGGAACGAGAAUAUAACUAUAUGGAAUUUCUGGAGGUCCUCACCGAGAAUCUGGAGAGGGUGCUAAUGGUACGAGGAAGUGGACGAGAAGUAAUAACCAUCUACUCGUGAACGGAAUCAGCAACGUUCAACAAAAUCGCGGACUUCAGCAUCUCGCUAAAAUCAGAGUCUAGUUUAAUUUUCCUAAUAAUUAAAAUAAUCCUCAAGGCCAUUUUUCUAUUGUGCCGCUAUCUUGCACCGUUAAUGGCGCUAAGCGCUAAUAACUUAAUAUUCUAUUCAAAUUAAGUGCAGUGUCUAAUAGAGAAUGGGAAGCGAUGAUUAAAAAAAUCCACCACAAAUCGAAACCCUCUUUAUCUGACGAUAGCAAAAAAAAACUAUUCACGAACAAAAACAAAUGAAAAUUUAUUGAAGCUGAAAACUUAUCUCUUUGUCCGUCUGUUCCGAAAGAUUAGAAUAUUUUAAACAAUUAUAAGGAUUCUGAUGCCAAAGUAUGUAACGUGCCAAAGGCUAAGUUUACUUUCAAUGAUUUUUCAUUAGAACUUAAGACGAGUAAAUUAAGUUACAUUUACUAGUUCAUCGAAGUAAAACUCUCGAAAAGGUAUUCUUACUUUUUUUUCUACUUAACGAGUGGAAAACCUUUUACGACAAAAACAAGAUCUCAUCAUUUAUAAUUAAAAAAAAUACACGCCCGCAUGUACAUAAAAAAAAUUUACGAAAAGACUUGCAUGCGUACGUGAGGACAAAAAAAAAUUCACACACUUUCACUCAUCGAAAACUAAAAAAAUCAAAAUUUGGUCGGAGGCUAAUGUCGAAGCAUCUACGAAAAACACUGCCAAAAUAUUUUCUAUAUGCUUCGCGUUUAACCAAAGACAAAAAAAAAGAAUAGAAGAGAGAGGCUCAUUUUUCUACGCGCAUUGUCGGUUUUUAGGAAACAAUUUCUAGAUAUGAAAAUAUAUAAUUAUUAUUCUAUUGCUUAAAAACUACGUGACGAGUUAAAUUUUAGCCAGUAGGAUAAAUAGCAAAUUUAGAAAACAAUCAUCUUCCGUUUACUUACCUAUAUGGUAUUUAUAACCAAAAAAAAACGAAAGAAAGAAAAAGUAUUCAACUUAAUUUUUUCCCUCCCAUUUCUAAGAAAAAAGAAUUCUCGUGUAGUAAAUUUUUAAAAAAACACUGUUUUCUAUUGCAUCCGAUUUUUACAUUCGUAUGUAAAAGUUUUUUUCAAAAACUAAAAAAAAAUAACAGUACUAAGGCAAAAAAAUGUAUAGAUUUUGCUGACGCGCACGAGAUUGUGCGCAUCCCCACUACGCAAGACGCGCCUGCGCAGACAGGCGCGCUCGCCUAGUGGGGGAACUGGAAAUCACGAUCUCGUCUACGUUACAAAAGCACGAUUAACUUAAAAAACACACUUUAGCCGAUUUUUUCUUUCAUGGGCCAUUUUCAGAAGCAGUUCGUCGCACUCGUGUUCAUUUUACUGUUCUAAGGCCUAUAAAUAUCGGUCCGUAUAUGAGGCAAAUUUUGAAAAUUUGCUAUAAAUUAACACCAAAAGAAAAAAAAAGAUACGCAGUGUGUGUUAGGGUAGUGUUAUUCGAUGGAUAAGAGAAAAAUUUUCUAUAGCAAAAAAACUCGAAAAAAAAAUUCCAAAAUCGAUGACGCUACAAAUCUGCGGCACAUUUCAUAUUAAAAAGAUUAAAAGAAAAAUAAAAUAAAAAGUUUAGCUAAUUUUAGAACACUAAUUAUUAAUACUCGAGUUAAGUGUCGUGAUGCACUUUUUACAUAGUUUGCAGUGCGUCUAUUUCACUUUUUAGAUAGGACCCAAAAAAUGCAGGACUGCGCUUGAAAGAAAAACGUGAUAACUCAUUUAGAUUCAUUUUUUCUUUUUUAAAAUUUGGGCUAGGUGCAAAAUUUUUAACAGGGUAUUGUCAAUUACGUAACGUCCCCUCCUUUUUUUAACCACUGAAUAAUUAACCCAAAAAAGGAUUUUACUUUUAAAACGUCAGUAUUCUUUGUGAUGAUGUGCAGGAUUCUUAAGUAUUAAAAAAAGAAUAAAAUUCGUUUUAGGAAAAAAAUUCCAUUAAGUGAAAAACUGAAAAGAGAAAUGACAAAAAAAGUACUUAAAAAAAUCUGCGUGGGUAUUUUAAUUACUGCACUAGUAUUUCCCUUAAACUUCUGUGAACAAAAAAAAAAUUACGAUACGACGAUCAUGUGCGUUAAUAUAAAACAAAUGUCCAGCCUCAAAUUUCGUGCUCGAAAAAAGAAGAGGACUAAAAAAGAAAAGCUCUUUAAAAAAGCGCAUUGAUUUUCAAAGUAAAUGAAAACAAAAGAAACUAUUCAAAUAAUAGUAGGUAGGAAAAAAACGUAACUAAACAUUAUUACGAUUGAAAAAAAAAAUUCGUAAUCAAUAUAGUCUAAAAAAAUAUUGAUUAGAUGAAGGAAAAUGUCAUGGCGGUCAGUUGGAUCGGUUUUAGGUUCCUUACAAAUUUUUUUACAAUUUUAUUCUUUUUGACGGAUGGAAAAAAAUGUUUUAAGAGUCAAUACGUUCUCUCGAAGGAAGGAAACUAAAAAAACGGUGCCUAAUCCGAUUCCUGACGUGCCAAAAAUUUUACGCAUUUUACAAGUAGAAGAAUUCUCUAGCGAGUGAUGAAUGAACGAAAAUUAAAAUACUAAUAAUAAUACUUAUUCACUCCCACAAAAAUUGUUGGGAUGUCUUUGCCUGCCGUUCAAACAAAAAAAGAAAUUAAUCUCAUUUUUCAUUUCUUGUAUACAAUUUUCUAUAUCUACACUCGCUUUAAGAUUUUUAUCAUUGCGUGUAACGUUCUAAGUAAAAGAAAAAUUCCCAUAAAUCUUAAAAAAGUACCGAAAAAAAAGUUGUACUAAAAAUAUUCAACAAGUAAUAAAAAAUGUAUUUGAAUUCAUCGAACGUUUCGAGGCAAUUGUAAAUCGAGAAAAAAAUUCGAAAUUUAAAUUAGUCGAUUACUGCAAUAUUUUGGUUUUUAAGAUUAUUUUCGUCCGGUUGUAAAUUGAAUUUUAUUAAUUGAAUAAGAGAUGUUUUCUCGACGGAGUUCCGAGCGAGAAUGAAGCAGAGCGGGAGCUCCCGCUUCUUAAGUAGCGGACCGAGCGCGCGAGGAGUGGGAGCGAAAGGAGGGACGGCCUCAUUGCCGGAGGGAGCCGAGCCGCGGCGAAAGCGCCCGACGAGACUCGAAUUCUAGGAAGCGGGUACAGUCGGGCGAGAAAUUUUUUCUCUGACUAAAGUAAUUUCAAUAUUUCUCGACGGAAUAAAAUCACCAACUAUUCUAAAAUUUGCAUAAAUGUUUCUUUUAUCGGGGAGAACGUUUAUUAGUAUUUAUUCACUAUUAUUAUUAAUAUAAAUAUCUAUAUUAUCUAUUAAAUAAUAAAACUAUUAAAUAAAUAAUAUUUCAAUUAUUUAUGUUAAUAAUAAUAUUGACAAAACGAUUAAUAUAAGUAAUAGUAUUUUUAUUAUUAGAACACAAAAAAUAAUUUCAACUAGUCGACUAAUUUAGAUUUAGAAUAAAAAACGAAGCAAACGAGAAAAAUCACACCCCUCAUUCACUCUCACUGCUGCAUCGUAACAAGAAAGUAUUAAAAAAAAAAUAAAAGAAAAACCGAGCGGACCUGGUGUAGAAUAUUGAUAUAUGUACUGUGUACACAAAAUUUGUAAAUUAUUAUUAUUAUUAUAUAUUUCAACACCCACACCCCUCCCUUUAUUGUCUGAAAUGUUGCGUAUUUUAUAAUUUUAAUUAAAUUCGUACGUAUCGAGUACAUGCAAAUGCAUAUUAUAAAUAUACAUAUAUAAAUAUUAUAUAAAAUAUACUAUAUUUAUAGUAUAUAUUAUAUUAUACAUUAUAUUUUAUUAAUAGUAUAUUAUAUUACAUUAUAUAUUGUAUUGUAUUAUAAAAUGCGAUAUAUUACAUAUAUUUUAUGUGGUACUUAUAUUGUCUAGUAAAAAUAAUUGGCAAUCGGAUAUAGUUUAUAUCAAAUUAUGAAGUGUUGAUUAUUAUACAUAAAAAUAUAUAAUAUGAAGAGAGAGAAAAGAAAAUAUAAAGAGCAAACAAAAAAAAUUUUUUUUUUACUUAUAGGCGAACUUUCAAUAAUUUUAAGUUUAAAUAAAGAAUCAUAUGUUGGUCUGCAAUUUUGCUAUUAUGAGAAAAUUGAAAAAUUUCUUGCGGAAUACAUUAUUAAUUAUAAUGCCGUGUAGGUAAAUUUUCAUGCGAAAUUGUAGACCUAAAAUCAGAUUUGUAAAUAAAUAUAUAGCUAGUAACUGUUUAAAAAAAAAUUCGCUUUAUAAGAAAUUAUGACGAAAGUUGACGAGACACGAGAGAGAAAGAAAAAAGAAAUGAGGCCAGAGCUUUUAUAGUA